UGUCAUGAGUGAGGAAGUAAACCGACGCAAUAUUUAUGAGAACUGAAUUUCUAAUAGUCUAUGCUGAGCUAGGAUGUUAUCUGGCGAGACACACAGAAGAAAGGCUGCAAUGCUUUAAAAACGUCCCUUCAGAUGCGCAAGCAAUUUGAUUAACGGAGCAUGAAACUGUAGUGCUGUGUUUAACCGAUUAAUACGCGCAGGUCGCAGGCACAGGAAAACAUCCCAGUGCUUAAGUACCACGCCCAUGCAGCGGAGUAAAGUUCUCAAUCCAACCCCUAAACUUUUGUACAGCCUGUAUCGGAAUCUACCUUCACCACAGCUUGCCACUAUCAAUCGAAACAACUUUGCAGCAGAUUUCGAGGGUUACGCCGUGAAUCUAGACUUCUGUCGCGGCUGACAUUUUGCUCACCUGCAAGGAGUUCUUGGAAAACACCACGCAUUUCUUGGGAAUGUGUAAAUUGUGGACGAAUAAGUCUUCCUAAACUGUGAUUGCGAGUCAUCUGGACAUCAAACAAGUCACUUGGAAGAUACGCAAUUUUGUCUCAUAUUUUUUGUAUCAUAUUUUUUCUCAGUUUUAAAAUAACCACAACAAUUCCUCGAGCACGGCAGUAUGGCUAGAUUGCUGAGCAAGGAUAUCCCGGAUAUUGAGAGUAUUCUGGCCCUGAACCCGCGGGUGAAGACCCAUGCUGCGGUCCACUCCACGGCCGCCAAGCAAGCUGAGAAGAAACACUGGAAGAGGAACCCAGAGAAGGGGUGUGACAGUUGCGUGAAGCUGGAGAACAAUUUUGAUGACAUCAAACACACAACGCUGAGUGAACGUGGAGCACUUCGGGAAGCAGUGAGGUGCUUGAAAUGCGCAGACGCACCCUGUCAGAAGAGCUGCCCGACCAACCUGGACAUCAAGGCCUUCAUCACCAGCAUCGCAAACAGGAACUACUAUGGCGCUGCAAAGGCCAUCCUGUCCGACAACCCCCUUGGCCUGACGUGUGGGAUGGUCUGCCCCACCUCGGACCUCUGUGUGGGGGGAUGCAACCUCUACGCCUCAGAGGAGGGGCCCAUCAACAUCGGGGGAUUGCAGCAGUUCGCCACCGAGGUGUUCAGCAAGAUGGGCGUCCCACAGGUGCGCAACCCGGCACUCCCGCCACCCGACCGGAUGCCCGCCAGCUUCCACACGAAGAUCGCUCUGAUUGGCUGUGGGCCUGCUAGCAUCAGCUGCGCCUCCUUCCUGGGUCGCCUUGGCUACGACAACCUCACCAUCUUCGAGAAGCAGAAGUACAUCGGUGGGCUAAGCUCCGCGGAGAUCCCUCAGUUCCGCCUCCCCUACGAGGUGGUGCAGUUUGAGGUGGAGCUGAUGAAGGACCUGGGAGUCAAGAUCGAGUGUGAGAAGGGACUGGGCCAGGACGGUGUGACACUACUGUCCCUGAAAGAAGACGGAUACAAAGCCAUCUUCAUCGGCAUUGGUCUGCCGCAGGCCAACAGGCACAAAAUCUUUGAAGGACUGAACAUGGAACAAGGUUUUUACACAUCCAAGGAUUUCCUACCUCUUGUUGCCAAGGCCAGUAAAUCAGGAAUGUGCACCUGUCAGUCCGCGCUGCCUGGUCUGCGCGGCACGGUCAUUGUGCUUGGCGCGGGCGACACAGCCUUUGACUGCGCCACCUCUGCCCUCCGCUGUGGUGCCCGCCGCGUCUACGUGGUCUUCCGCAAGGGCUUCACAAACAUCCGCGCCGUCCCUGAGGAGAUGGAGCUGGCGAAGGAGGAGAAGUGUGAGUUCCUUCCCUUCCUGUCUCCGCUUGAGGUCAUCAUGAAGGCAGGCCGGGUGGCGGGCAUGGAGUUCUGCAGGACGGAACAGAGCGAGGACGGGGAGUGGGUGGAGGACGCGGACCAGACGAUCCGGCUCAAAGCUGACUACGUCAUCAGCGCAUUCGGCUCUGGUCUGAGUGACCCGAAAGUGAAGGAGGCCAUGGCUCCCAUCCGUUUAAACAGAUGGGGUCUCCCUGACCUGAACCCGGAGACCAUGCAGUGCAGUGAGCCGUGGGUCUUCGCUGGUGGGGACGUGGCGGGCCUGGCCAACACCACGGUGGAGUCGGUCAACGACGGGAAGCAGGCCUCCUGGCACAUCCACAAGUACAUUCAGUCUCUGCAUGGUCACAGGGUCCCCAGUGAGCCUGAACUGCCUCUCUUCCACACCGCCAUCGACACCGUGGACAUCAGUGUGGAGAUGGCCGGCAUCCGCUUCCCCAACCCGUUCGGCUUGGCCAGCGCGCCUCCCACCACCAGCGCCGCCAUGAUCCGCCGGGCCUUCGAGGAGGGCUGGGGCUUUGCUCUCACUAAGACCUUCUCCCUGGACAAGGAUCUGGUCACCAAUGUCUCUCCACGCAUAGUGCGCGGCACAACGUCCGGCCCGGUGUUUGGCCCUGGACAGGGCUCCUUCCUCAACAUCGAGCUGAUCAGCGAGAAGACCGCAGCGUAUACUGGUGCCAGAGCGUCUCUGAGCUCAAAGCUGACUUCCCCCACAACGUAAG